CAGAUUUCCCUGAAGACACUCCCCAGUCUGUUAAUGCCCGGAGCUCAUCUAACGGUCACUGGACUCUCCUUCGGGUCUGGAUCUCAUGCGUACGGGGGCCAGUGUGACAUACCCCGAGUCGAGUCUCGGGCCGGCCAUCCAGGGCCCUACCCCCCUCGGUAUUUGAGGGCCUCUCUGGAGGUCUGGCUCACAAUACCCCCAGUGGGACCUUCACUUUUGGGGGAAAGCAUCUGGAACAAUUCUCCACACGCAUUUCCUUUUGGCAUGAUUCAAGAAUAGCAAUGGAUCCUGAAGGUUCACGCGUCCAAGAUGACCCAGACGUCAAGGUGAUGAUGGCGGGGUCGACUCUGAGAAAAGUCAAGUCCAAAUCGUGGAAGAAGCAGCGCCAUUUCCGCCUCCUGGAGGACGGCCUGACGAUCUGGUACAAGUCCAGAUGGGCGGGCAGAGGCCACAGCACCUUCUCCGUCACCGAGGUGGAGGCUGUGCGUGAGGGCCACCAGUCGGAGGUCCUGCUGAGCGUCGCCGAGGAGUUCCCCGCCGACGUCUGCUUCACCUUGGUGUUUCACGGUCGCCAGGGCAACCUGGACCUCGUGACCGAGACGCCGGAGGAAGCCAAGGCCUGGAUCCGGGGAGUGCGCAAGCUGAUUCACAAGGCCCAAACCAUGGACGAGAAGGAGCGGCUGGACCAGUAUCCUUUUUCCUGUCGUGCAUUUACUGUGUCUGGUGCUCCAAGACCACAGAUAAAAAAAAAUAAAAAAACAUUAUCAAGUCUCCAGCUGAUGAUAACAAUUUUGAAUGAAGUUCCUCUUGAUCCACGACACUCGAGAGCCGGCGUUUUUUCCCCUCAGCGUCUCCUCAGGUGGGUCUGGGACUGGUUUCAGAGAGCCGACAAGAACAAAGACGGGAAGAUGAAUUUCAAAGAGGUGCGGACGCUGCUGAAGAUGAUGAACGUGGACAUGGAUGAGGAACAUGCUCUGCAUCUCUUCACGAUGGCCGACAAGUCGGAGAGCGGCUCUUUGGAAAUCGAGCAGUUUGUCCAUUUCUACAAGAUGCUGACCCAGAGGGACGAAGUGUGGAAGGUGUUCCAGGACUACGCCGAAGACGGAGAGAAGUUAAUGCUGAACGAGCUGGAGAACUUCCUGAGCAUAGAGCAGCACGAGGGCGAGCAGAGCUCCCAGCAUGCCCGGGAGCUAAUCGACCGCUACGAACCAUCCGGAUCAGCCAAGAAGCAGAGCGCCAUGUCGCUGGACGGCUUCCAGAUCUACCUGUGCUCACUGGAGGGCUCCGUAUUUAAACCCGAGCAUCGGGAGCUUCACCAGGACAUGAGCCAGCCGCUUUGCCACUACUUCAUCUCUUCCUCGCACAACACCUACCUCCUGGAGGACCAGCUGCGAGGACAGAGCAGCCUGGAGGCAUACAUCCAAGCCCUGAAGAGAGGCUGCCGUUGUGUGGAGGUGGACUGCUGGGACGGCAGUGACGGGGAACCCGUCGUGUAUCACGGUCACACUUGGACUUCUAAGAUUCUCUUUAGAGACGUUGUUUCAACGCUGAAGGAAUACGCCUUCAAGGCGUCGGACUUCCCAGUCAUCCUGUCUCUGGAGAAUCACUGUGGUGUGGAGCAGCAGACGCUCAUGGCCCAGCACCUCACUCAGAUCCUGGGUGACACACUCCUCAGCGCCCCGCUGGACGGGCAGCUCCCUCAACAGCUCCCUUCUCCACAGGAACUGAGGGGGAAGAUUCUGCUGAAGGCCAAGAAGAUCAGCGAUCCGGGAGACUGCGUCGACGAAACCCCGACGGACGAAGUCAGCGAUGAGGAGGAGAUGGCCAACGACGAUGCCGAGAGCCCGUCCACAGAGGACCCGCCGCCUGCCGAGUGUGCAAAUGAAACGGGGAAGAAAUCCAAGUCCAAACUGUCCCGGGAUCUGUCCGACCUGGUGGUUUACUGCAAGAGCGUGCACUUCCAUGGCUUUGAGCACGCUCGUGCACACGCCCAAUGCUACGAGAUGUCCUCUUUCUCUGAGUCCAAGGCCAAGAGGCUCGCGAAGGACGCAGGGACAGAUUUUGUGCAGUACAACGCACGUCAUCUGAGCAGGAUCUACCCCGGAGGCCUCAGGACGGACUCCUCCAACUACAACCCGCAGGAGAUGUGGAAUGUUGGCAACCAGAUAGUGGCUCUGAACUUCCAGACCGCCGGUCUAGAAAUGGACCUGAACGACGGGCUGUUCGGGCAGAACGGAGGCUGCGGCUACGUCCUCAAGCCGGACUUCAUGCGAGACGGCAGCACUCGGUUCGGUCCAGAGAAGCCCGGAGAGCGGCGAGGCUACCGACCGCUCCGCCUAUCCAUACAGGUGAUCAGCGGGCAGCAGCUCCCCAAGGUGAACCAGAAAGAGGGCUCUAUCGUAGACCCCCUGGUCAGAGUGGAGAUCUAUGGGGUGCCCCAGGACCAGGCCAAGGAAGAGACCAGUCACAUCAACAACAACGGUUUCAACCCGGUGUGGAACGAGACCUUAAACUUCGUCGUCCACGCCCCCGAGCUGGCCUUGGUCCGCUUCGAGGUGGAGGACUACGACAAGGCGUCCAGGAACGACUUCAUCGGACAGCUCACGCUUCCGUUCGCGUGCAUUCAAGCAGGCUAUCGUCACAUUCAUCUGCUCUCCAAAGAUGGAACCGCGAUCCCUCCCUCCUCCCUCUUUGUCAACGUCAGCAUCUCCGAGCUCACAUGAAGAAAGUCCAAUCUGAGGAUGCGAGAGGACCAGAAGGACGCACCGUUGCUUUUUAUCUGAUAUUGGGGCGUUUGCCAGUAGGUUAACUUAAAGGUGCAAUGUGUAAAGGUCAAGGUCAAGCGUUUUUUAAAUUAAGAACAGAGGAGAAAUGGAAAAGAAGCAACGCAAUGCUAAACAUUGAUCCGUACCGCAAAAAAACAUUCCAAAAGGAUUCGAUUCAUAUUUUUUUACGUGGGUUUUUCUUGCUAACGUGAAGAUUUUAAGAUGACGGUGUUAUUUUGUAUCACUUGGUCCAGAUUUGGGACGUACACAUUGCACCUCUGAAAAAAGGGUAAAAAGAUACUGCGUAGGACUAAAAACAUGUCAAAUAUGAGCAAUUUUAAAUUCAACUUUUUUCUUUUUAGAAAUAUUGCCUUCAGGGCUUUUAAAUUUUUUUUUUUAUUAUUAUUGGCUGGGGAAUGAGGGGAACUUGAAGGAUGACUGCAUGUCUAGAAUUUAAAAAAAUAUAUAUAUAUACCCGUCAGACAUUAAAUGUAUUGUAUAUAACCAGUAUUAUAAACCUACUAUUAUGAAUUACUCAGAACUUUGCAUUAUGAUGAUAAGUGCCUGCUCAGGUUAUUUCUAUUAACCAAUGUACUAAUUCCACACGGUCAUGUUGUGUAUAAUGUAAAUUAAUGUACAUAGGCCUGUAAAUAC